UAAAAUAAGUCCGUGCCUAUCAGCUGAAAAUGAAAGAAUAAUUUUAAAAGACCAAAUUAUGAAUUUUUCUUAGUAAAAUAACCAUUUGGGAAUUUACGUAAUUCUAACCAUCAUGGAUGUCGACCCAGAUAAACUCCUAGUAACAGAUCGCCAAAAAGUUAUAGAAAUAAAUGGCAAAACAAAAGAACAAGCCGAAAAGGAUAUUGAUAUCAUUUUAGAAUGGUUCAAAACCCAGAAACAUUUACCGGAAACACUGAGUAGAAAUGCAAUUGAGCGAUAUUUGGUUGUUACAAAAUUUAGCAUUGAAAGAACAAAGAAAUUGUGCGAUAUGUAUUAUACUUCUAGAACAUUGUUAUCAGAUUUUUUUACGUACUGUAAUCCUAGAGACCCCGCUCAGAAAAUAUACAUGGACAAGAUAAUGUAUUAUUUUCCUUUAUCAAAGCUUACUAAAGAUUUUUAUCGAGUAAACAUAAUAGCAUACAGAGAUUUUGAUUAUCCCGAAUACAACCCUUUAAGAUUUCUCGCGUUUGUACAGAUUAUUUUUGAGAUAUUGAUAGAAGAAGAACUUAGCAUGGGAGAUAUCAUCAUUAUUGAUUUUAAAUAUAUAAAGAAAAGCCAUGUUCUAAAAACCACUCCGACUCAAAUGAAGAUGUCAAACUUUUUUUUAGAGCAACUAUGGGCAAGCAGAGUAAAGGGCAUUCACUUUAUUAAUGUUCCAACUUUUGCUGAAGUAGUAAUUUCAUUAGCAAAAACUGUCGUGAAGAAAAAAAUUCUGGAUAGACUAUUUAUCCAUGCUGCUACCGAAGAGUUAUUUGAACAUGUACCAAAGGAAAUUUUACCAAAGGAUUACGGUGGUGAAGAAAGAUCUGUAGAUGAAUUAAACGAAUUAUGGAAAUUAAAAUUAGAGAGAUAUCAACCACGCUAUGAGCAGUUACAAAAAUUAAAAGUAAAUGAAGUUCUUCGACCAGAGCCUUUGGUAAAUUCUGAUUUUCUAGGAUACUACGGAAACUUCAAGAAAAUAGAUGUCGAUUAAGUUAAUGUUAGAAAAGAAACAUAAAUUCAGGAAUAAAAUAUCUAUAAAUAAAUUUUUUUAAUUAAUUAGU